UUUCGUUAAUCACAUGACAGCACGUGAGAUGUCAUUGUGAAUUUUACUAGUUCAGAGUGAAUUUUUCUUCGUACUCCAUCAACGUCGGAACGCAGCUGACUUGGACUGGACCCUCGGAAUAGAUAGAAAAAAAAAUUGUGAUUUUCAACCAAGAAAAAUUCUAGAAUUUUUCUAACUGGGCGAGUGUGAAGAAAUUCCAAUCGGAACCAAAGAAAAACAAGUGAAAGCAAAUUCAAUAGAAUAAAAAACAGCAAAAACCAAGGCAAAAUGUCCAUUACUGCAUCACAAGCUCAAAGGGAGCACGUCUUGGCCGUCUCCAGAGAUUUCAUUUCCCAACCAAGAUUGACCUACAAGACUGUGUCUGGUGUCAACGGUCCUUUGGUCAUUUUGGAUGAAGUGAAAUUCCCCAAAUUCGCCGAAAUCGUCCAACUGCGUUUGGCUGAUGGUACUGUACGUUCCGGUCAAGUUUUGGAAGUCAGCGGCUCCAAGGCUGUUGUCCAAGUGUUCGAGGGUACCUCUGGCAUUGAUGCCAAGAACACACUAUGUGAAUUUACUGGUGAUAUUUUGCGUACCCCCGUAUCUGAGGAUAUGUUGGGUCGUGUAUUCAACGGUUCCGGCAAGCCCAUCGACAAGGGUCCCCCAAUUUUGGCUGAAGAUUUCUUGGAUAUCCAAGGUCAACCCAUCAACCCCUGGUCUCGUAUCUAUCCCGAAGAAAUGAUCCAAACUGGUAUCUCUGCCAUCGAUGUGAUGAACUCCAUUGCUCGUGGUCAAAAGAUUCCCAUUUUCUCAGCUGCCGGUUUGCCCCACAAUGAAAUUGCCGCCCAAAUUUGUCGUCAAGCUGGUUUGGUCAAGGUUCCCGGCAAAUCUGUUUUGGAUGAUCAUGAAGAUAACUUCGCCAUUGUGUUCGCCGCUAUGGGUGUCAACAUGGAAACUGCUCGUUUCUUCAAGCAAGAUUUCGAAGAGAACGGUUCUAUGGAAAAUGUGUGCUUGUUCUUGAAUUUGGCCAACGAUCCCACCAUUGAACGUAUCAUUACACCACGUUUGGCUUUGACCGCUGCCGAAUUCUUGGCCUACCAAUGCGAGAAACACGUCUUGGUCAUCUUAACCGAUAUGUCUUCUUAUGCUGAAGCCUUGCGUGAAGUAUCUGCUGCCCGUGAAGAAGUGCCCGGUCGUCGUGGUUUCCCCGGUUAUAUGUACACUGAUUUGGCUACCAUUUAUGAACGUGCCGGUCGUGUUGAGGGUCGUAACGGUUCCAUCACCCAAAUUCCCAUUCUUACUAUGCCUAACGACGAUAUUACCCAUCCAAUUCCUGAUUUGACUGGUUACAUUACUGAGGGUCAAAUCUACGUCGAUCGUCAAUUGCACAACAGACAGAUCUAUCCUCCAGUCAACGUAUUGCCUUCAUUGUCACGUUUGAUGAAAUCUGCCAUCGGUGAGGGUAUGACACGUAAGGAUCACUCUGAUGUUUCCAAUCAAUUGUAUGCCUGUUAUGCCAUCGGUAAGGAUGUACAAGCUAUGAAGGCUGUCGUCGGUGAGGAAGCUUUGACUCCUGAUGAUUUGUUGUAUUUGGAAUUCUUGACCAAAUUCGAAAAGAACUUCAUUUCACAGGGUAACUAUGAAAACCGUACCGUCUUCGAAUCUUUGGACAUUGGCUGGCAAUUGUUGCGUAUCUUCCCCAAGGAAAUGUUGAAACGUAUCCCAGCUUCCAUCUUGGCUGAAUUCUAUCCCAGAGAUUCGCGUCAUUAGAUUCUUCGUUCGUUUUAAACAAAACAAUCUGUUUUCGUCGUUCAUUUUGUUUAUUUUAUGUUGUUUUAUUAAAUUUUUAGUCUAAACAAAAACAAAAAGCAAAAGCUUUGAAAGCUUUAAUUAAUUGUUGUUCAAACAUGAAAAUGCAAUAAUUAUUAUCGUUAUCAACAAAUAACAACAAUAGUGAAAAAAGCACCGUAUUCAGUUACCAUUUAAAAUAAAAGUAUGUUAAAUAAUAUAAUUAAAAGAAAAACAAAAUAGUAUUGAUGGUGUCAACGAAAAUGUUAGUGUCAUUUUUUCCAAAUAUUUCCCCCCUAUAUAUAUAUAAAACAACAACAACAAUAACAACUUACUAAUAGUAAUUGUAAAUAAGAGCGGAAAAUGUAAAAGAGAAACACAAAAGCAAAUUCUAUUUUAAAACAAAUCCUAUAUAACAAAACAACAUCAAAAACAAGUCGCCGCCCGUUAUUGUUUUAAAAUCAGAAUUGUAAGAGUGUUUUUUUUCUUUGAAGAAGUAAGAAUAUUGCCAACUUCUCUUUGGUAGGGUCUAGUUUAAACCUCUAUGCAAUAGCAAAUUGUUUUAAUUUAUAAAAACAUCAUUUGCGUUAGUACCACAACAAAAUGUUUGUUUCUUUGUUAGUUUAUAAGUUGAACAAAAAGAUAAUGUAUUAAAUGUUUUACUUAGUUUUC